CAGCAGCCACAAAAGCAAUCCUCCCUGCACCAACACCUGCUACUGGACGUAGAGCAGCCACAGCAAAUAUACAUACCACAACUCUUCCCCAGCCAGCCACAACAACACCCACCACACUCUCAACAAGAUGAACAACAGCCGGAAGAACAAGAACACAUCCACCACCAAUCUUCACCACCGUCCACCACUCUCCACCACCACCAGCCACAUCCAAUCAGACGCCGAUCCACACUCCGCUCAGAAUUAUCUCAAAUCGCAUCUUCAUCUCUCAUCAUGGCCGCUUCGAAACGAGCCGCAAUGUCCACAAGUGCUUCUUCUUCAAGUAGUGGUGGCAGCCUUCCUAGCAGGCUGACUGCAAGUGAAAAAUUUAACAAAGCUACGAAAAUCUCAGCUAUAACGGCUUUAGCUGUCGGUCAGCCGAAAGUUUUAUCAUACAAGAAACGGCUGAGGAACAACAGCAGCAGCCUGACCGGAAGAGCUGGACUGCAGAAAAAUGGCGGUAGUAGCGGUGAGGAGGAUGGAGGCGACGGCGAGAUGGAUGAGGUGGCCAGCUGCUGCUGCGCUGCUGUGGCCGGCGAGUGCAGCUCCUGUCGGUCGGACAAUGAAAUGACCGGCUCCAAGUCAGCCUUAGUCAAUCCAUCCAAUGCCGAUAACGUCAGCUUGACAGGCAACACGCUGGCCAAUAAGAAGAGGGGUUUCAAACCAACGACUGUUGGCUACCGGCUGG